AUAAACAAAACCCCUUCUCUCUCUCUCUCUCUCUCUCUCUCUCUCUCUCUCUCUCUCUCUUCUCUGGUUCUGCAAAAUCUGGUUGGAGUUGGAGGUUCUGAUCCUGAAGUGGGGUUUCAAUGAAAGGGGAGGGGAAGAUGGUUCUGAAGUCGAAGAUGAAAUGGGUUGGACUGGUUGGACUGUUUCUCUCAGCUAUCUCUCUCUUUGUGCACUUUCUGCUGGCCAGAUUCACAGAAGGGGCUGCUGCUUCAGAGUUCCACUCCUCCAUCACAAUCUUCCCCAGAAGAGCCAUUGGUGAAAGCUUGAAUUUUUCCAAGACUAGCCCAAUGUAUAGAAGGCUAUGGGGUCCGGUUCGGCAUCUCGAAUCUUUGCAACCGAAUGCAAAUCCCAGAGGACAUUAUGCCGAUCCUGGUUCAGAUACCAACGGGUUUAUCUUUGUCAGGAUACAAGGCGGAUUUCAUGAGAUCAGGAAUUCGAUAUGUGAUGUGGUUGUGGUUUCUCGGUUUCUUAAUGCAACGUUAGUGAUUCCUGAGAUCCAAUCAACCACGAGCAGCAAGGGCAUCAGCUCUCAGUUUAAGAGUUUUGCCUAUCUCUACAAUGAGGACCAAUUCAUGGCAGCCUUGUCAAAAGACGUCAAAGUUGUGAAGACGCUUCCCAAAAAUCUCAAGGGGCAAAGGAGAAAAAAGAACAUUCCGGUGUUUAAAGUGCCUUACUCUGCUUCUCCGUAUUACUAUAAGAACCAUGUUCUUCCAGUUUUGAAGAAGCAUUUAGUAGUUGAACUAGUUGUGUCUGACGGUGGAUGCUUGCAGGCUAUCCUGCCACCCGAUCUUGAAGAAUAUCAGAGGCUGAGAUGUAGGGUUGCUUUUCAUGCUCUUAGGUUCCGGCAGGAGGUCCAGGAACUUGCCACCAAAAUUUUACAAAGAUUAAAGGCUCCUGGACAGCCAUUCAUUGCAUUUGACCCUGGAAUGACCCGGGAGGCUUUGGCAUUUCAUGGUUGUGCUGAACUCUUCCAGGAUGUACACACUGAACUCAUUCAGCACAAAAGACAAUGGAUGCUAAAACGUGGAAUUGUCAAGGGAAAGCUUUCCGUGAAUUCUGCAGAACAGCGCCUUAAAGGUUCUUGCCCACUGAUGCCGGAAGAGAUUGGUAUUAUUCUUCGUGCGUAUGGGUACUUGUGGGACACAAUAAUAUAUGUCUCAGGGGGAGAAAUCUUUGGUGGCCAAAGGACAUUGAUACCUCUUCGUGCAAUGUUUGAAAAUGUCGUUGAUAGGACUUCCCUCAGCAUGCCUUGGGAGCUUGGUAGGAUGUAUGGUCGCGAAGCUAACCUUGUUGAUCGCAAUCCCAGGAGUCCACCGAUGAUUAAGGAAGAGAUGAAAAUGGAAGCAUGGAAAAAUGCAGGCCCACGCCCUCGCCCACUUCCACCACCCCCGGCCAGGCCCAAAUUCUAUAACAUUGAAGGUUGGUGGGGUUGGGUAGCUGAGAGUGAUAACGAGCCUGAUAGUACAGUUAUCGAAUUAAGGACCAAUGCUCAUAAACUUCUGUGGGAAGCAAUUGAUUAUGUGAUAUGCGUUGAAGCUGAUGUCUUUAUCCCUGGAUUCGAUAUUGAUGGUAAGGGACACCCAAAUUUUGCAAGCUUGGUAAUGGGACACCGACUCUAUCAAUCAGCUGAAUCAAAGACAUACAGACCAGACAGAAAAGAAGUCGGCAAGCUUUUACAUGAAAUUCAUGACCACCUAUACCAUGCAAACCAUACUUGGCUGAUGUCAGUACGCAAGCAUUUGAGGAAAAGAUUAGUUGAUGGAUUAAUAGAAGCUUCAGCAAGAUCAAAACCACUGUCUUUUAUUUCUCAUCCAAUUCCGGAAUGUUCUUGCUUAAGGCACAAUCCUGCUGGAAAAUCAAUUAAUGCCACGUCGUCACCUCAUGCUUCAACUCCUAGUCAUUCUCAAGUUCUUUCCGCUCUUGGAGUUGUGCACUAUUGCCCUGCUUGGAUGGAGAAUGAUUUGACAUUGCAGUCAAAAGACAAGGAAAAUGAAGAAAAUCUAGAUGAAGACGACUCCACCUCAUCAGGAUUGUUCUUCCGGAAAAAUAAUGGAGAUCAUGACGGUGGUAAUGGAGACAUAAGCAACAAAGAAGAAACUCAGUUGGAGGAUCAAGAAGAGCUCGAGGGUGGAGAACAGUAGUGAGGCUGAUUGAGUGGCAUCAAUUGCCGGCAGUUCUGUACAUAAAAAGAUGUCUUCAUUAGUAUGAUCCAAGCAAGUUUGGAAUCAUCUUCGACGCCAGUUUCAAAACGGAAUGCAAGCUUCUUAACCGUCGUUCAAGAACAGGAAUGACUACAUUGUAAUUUGUCCGUCUUUGAACCCCUUUAGGUAAAAUAAAGUCAUUAUUUAACCCCCACAGCCAAUUUUGAUGUAAGCUGAUAUGUUCUCCAAUGAAAUUAUAGCUUUAGAUGAUCUCUUUCAGGAAACCUCUAAUUUUUCCAGAAGAUUUUUUACUCUGCUUCAAACUGAUACAAGUAUUGAAGUAUGUCGAGCAGAAGGGUAAAUGUCUCGGUCAGUCUUGGGCGAUUGAAUUAAUUCUUUGCAUAUCUUCGUCACAAAGUGUGCACCACUACCUACUGUACUCAUUCAAGGGAAAAAACUUGUGUAGAGAUGCUUGACCCGGACGACUUUCACAUCAGGUGGAAUCAGCCUGGCGUCGAGUGAGACUAGAAUACAUAAGAUCAUGUUUUUGCGAGAAAUUCUCUACUGCUGACGUCAUUGACGUGCUCUGAAUGCACCCACACGAGUUUUUCUCCUUAUUCAAGUAUUGGUCAAAGUUGAUGUGGGGCCUUAGAAAGAUGCAUAAAUGGGUUUUGAAGUUCAAGUUGGUUACUCUUUGUUUGCCUCUCAAGAAAAUCUUUGGGUUCCUGGAACUUGCCGAGAAAUUACGGGAGACAUCGGUCAAAACUUGAUCUCCAAGAAAAAGAAGCUAUAUAUAAGCGAAGAUAGAAGUCCAAGUAGCAGCAACAAAACCAGGAGAAACACAACCUCAUCGGUUCCUUGCCUACCCUGUUUGAAAGCCUCCUUUCAAGCCAAGCUAAGAUCAAAACCAUGAGUAAGAACAAGGCGAGUUGGUUCAUGUCCUUGUUGAGGUCGUUGUCCCGUUGCUUCCAUGGAGAGACGAAGCUUUCGAGGAGCGGAAGGCCGGAGGAUGGACCGGAGGCGUGGAAUGUAGCCGCUGCUGCUAAGCACUUGUCAAAUAAAGUAACAAUUGGCUAGUUUGAACUUGAACUUACGGCAUAGCAACGGCUCAUAUCUUAUGAGUCUCGACUUGUUCCAGACAUAGCCAAGGAAGAAGGGUACUGUGGCUCUCUUUGACUUGAAGCCUAUUAGAUCUUCUACAAGUUAAUUGUAGUGGGAAAUGACAACGACAUGCUCUUUUUCUCCUCUUACACACCUAUCUUCAUGUUUGGUCAUUGAAGUGAAGAAAUUUAAUGAAAACUCCUCGCUGGAAACCAAAGUGUUGAUUUUGUGCAUCAACAAGUGUGGAAGAAGAGGAAAAGGGUGUGCGAUUAUUAUUUUCCAUUGCUAUAAUCCAAUGGUGGAGGAAUUAUGUAAGAUAUGUAAUAAUUGAUGUAAAAUAUUAUAUCAAACAAUCAACCUUGUAUUUAUAUUAAAACAAACAACAUAUUGUAAAGAACUUGUAACACAGUUGAUUGAGAGAAUUUACUCUGGCUCAUAUACUCGA